UGACGGACUUCGCUCGACUUCAUGACGGGAGGAAUUAAGAUGGUGAAUCUCUGCCUCACUGUGUGGAACAGAUUGGAGACACUAAUUCUUCUCAGGAACACACGUCACAGUUCGUGCCCUGUUUGAUUCAUGAAAAAAAUACUAUAACCCUUUAUAUAUAUAUAUUGCUCUACGUAUCCAAUUAGAACAUUUAUACCUGAAUAAUUGUAUAGGGAGCAGGCAGCUAUGUUCGCCCCAGCAGUUUGCUUUCGUCAGCUGUAUGUUCAGCCAUCCUUAAGGCACCACCAUGGGCUUGGGGGGGCAAAGAGAGUGAGAGAGAGAGGGAUGGAGGGACGAAGGAGGGGGAAUAGCUGCAGGCAUUACUGAAUUACAGAAUCCACAGAGAGACACACACACACACAGUUACAGAGAGAGAUAGAAGCGAUCUCAAAACAGCAUCACUCUCUGCUAGACGGAACGACAGUGAACGGAAUAGAGAAGAGAACAGAAUAGCGUGAUCGCACAAGCAUUAGACAGAAAGACAAAUAUGAGGUUGAUUAGACAGCAGUGAAAUUACCUGAGGGCAAAAUAAAAGAGGGGAUAGACGGAGAGAGGAAAAGAAGAGUGUGGCUUUUAAUCUUCUUGGCAUGCGAGUGUAUUCCUGGCUGUUUAGCACUGAGUGUGGUGGUCGCCCUGUGUGUGAGUGUGUGCUGCAGAGUUUGUCGGUGGUGUUGGGACGCUUUGGACUGGAAUGUAUCUGAGUUAACCGCUGGGGGCUUUCAGGAAGACACCAUGCUGGGUAAGGAUUACAUGCUCGCCAUCAUCAUCGUCAACUAUGACGAUAACAUCUGGAAUGAUCAGAGUCUGGAGCUGGACUCAGAUCUGCCUCCAGGAUGGCGCACUAUACGUGACAGCACUGGCACCUAUUACUGGCAUGUGCCCACGGGCACAACACAGUGGCAGCACCCCUCCUACAGCGCAGAGGAGGAACAAAACACCAUUAACGGCAUCACUGCCAGCCAGAUCAAGACUGCAGCAGAUGGCAGGCGGGAAUCAAGAGGCAGACUGACUGAAAACCCUCUGCCCUCUCUGAGUGAAAGGCCCUCCUGGCAGGAAGAGUAUUUCUGUGCCAACAUGGAUCCCGACUCCAAGUGUUUUGCUGUGCGCUCGCUGGGCUGGGUUGAGAUCCCUGAGGAGGAACUGACCCCUGGCAAAAGUAGUCUGGCGGUGAACAACUGCAUCCAGCAGCUCUCUCACAGCAAAGCAGAGGGCCGGGACGCAGUGGGCGCCUGGGGAGAGGGUCAGGAUAUGAUGAUGGUCCUCAAGAAGGACACUCUCAGUCUAAUGGACCCUGUGGACCGCAGCCUCAUCCAUUGUCAGCCCAUAAUCAACAUCCGUGUAUGGGGGGUGGGCUGCAACAAUGGCAGAGACAGGGACUUUGCCUUUGUGGCCAGUGAUAAAGACACCUGCAUGCUCAAGUGCCAUGUGUUUCGCUGCAACGCUCCAGCCAAGACCAUUGCAUCUGCCCUGCAUGAGAUGUGCUCCAAGAUGAUGGCAGAGAAGGCAGCACUGCAGCCCUCUAUGGCCCGUUCUCUCACCAUGGAGAGUAUCUCCCCAGAGGACUUGCCUCGCCAGGUUGACUUCCUGGAAGCAGUGAGGCAAAGGGUGCAGAAGUUUGAGGUGGAGUACAUUGGAAACCUGCCUGUAUCCAGAGCAAUGGGAAUGGAAGUGUUGAACAGAGCUAUUGAGAGCAUCAUGCACUCCAGAGACAGAGAUGAGUGGGAGCCGAUAGUCAUUCAUGUGUCAGAUACAGUUCUGUCCUUAUGGAGAGGAGAGGAUGGAGAUGACCCAUUUUGGGAAUGCCAAGUACGUUACUUGACUUUCCUAGGUGUGGGUCAUGACACACACACUUUUGCGGUCAUAGUGGAUGCAGGAACUCAGCGCUUUGAAUGCCAUGUGUUCUGGUGUGAGCCAGAUGCUGGGAUCAUCUCUGAGGCAGUUCAGGCCGCAUGCAUGGUCCAAUACCAAAAGUGUUUGGUUGCACAAACUCCCCCCGUGAGGUCCAAAAUGUGGAGGGCAGGCUCCAAAGUCAAACGAGCCAACUCCAUGGAUAGCUCUAGCUUCCCGCCUCGACACCAAGGACACACACCUUCCAAAAUGGCUUCUCCCAGCGUGAAGAAGGGCAUGCUGGCAUUUUUUGAGACGUUCCGAAAUAAACAUUCUGCAGUACCCACACCCUAACAACAGCAGCUCAGGAAGGAGGAUGGGGCCUGAUGGGCUUUGAGGAGGGGGAUAUGAUGAUGGAGAAAUGAAAGGAAUGAAUAAACCUGAAGUCUAAAAAGCUUAGAAAUAUGAGUCUAGUAGAAAAAUCCAACUCAAUUUCCCCAGUAUGACCUCACAAAAAAAAAACCUACAAAAAAAACCUACAAAAAAACAGCAACCCACCUUGCCCUUAAUAAGAGCGUUUUUGAGGACUGACAUAUCUGAAUGUAGGUGUGCAGAACAGUGUUUAAAUUACAUUGAGGUGCUGUGCUCUCACAUUCCAAAACUGACAGAACUCCAAAUGCUCUGAAAUCUAAACGCUGUUAUAUAACAGUCCUCAAAUGUGAUUGGUAAAAGGCUCUGUUUGUUCCAGACAGACUGUCAGUCUAUAUAUUAGCAGUGGGGAUUUUUCUUCGAUUUUUUUCUUCUGCAGGUUACAAUACACAGUUAUGGCAGGUGGUGACAAGUGAUGAGUCUUUAUGAAUCUAGUACACUUAUGCUGACCGCGUUACAGUCCAGCUCAUGGACACUCUGUGUGAUGUAGUUUUUUCUUCAGAACUGUCUGCUGAUGUUUGAGAACAAUAUUAAGGUGCUACCCAGUGACUGGGUCUGUACAGACUUGUGCACCACAUGGGCAAGUGAUUUGAGCACUUGAAACAUGUCCUAAAAAUGUCCGAACAUAUCCUUUGUGAUCAUUUGAAAGGCUUGCACACUCAUCUGAGAUGGAGCAGAGCAUGGAAAAUGUAUACAUGGGCUUUUACCUUUUACUUUUCAAGCUCUUAAAUGUCUUGCACAUGUGCUAUUGUUGGUGCAUAACUGAACAUCAGCGGACUGUGUAAAAAAGGGAUAGUUCACCCAAAAAUUAAAACUGUGUAAUUAAUUACUCAACCUCAUGUCGUUCUAAACCUGUAAAAACACAAAUAAUAAUGAUAAUAAUGAUAUUAAUUCAAUUAGAUUAGAUUAGAAGCAUCACAUGCAUGUGUUGUUCCGCUGCAGACGGGAUGAGGGCAAUAAUUGUUAAAUAAAGCCGUUAUUUUUGUUUUCUUUGCACACAAAAAGUAUUUCUCCUAGCUUUGGAAAAUCUCAUAGCUUGGAAAAAUUAUAGUUGUAACCCUGAUGUCACAUGGACUAUUUUACCAAUGUUCUUGCUACGUUUCUGGACCUGGGAACACUGCAGUUGUGUUGCUGUCUAUAGGGGGUCUGGGAGCUCUUGGAUUAAAUCAAAUAUGUUAAUUUGUGUUCAGAGGAUGAACAAAGGCCUUACUAGUUUGAACAACAUGAUAGUGAGUAAUUAAUCACAGUAUUUUGGGCUGAGCUAACCCUUUAAUGUCAAGGGUUUAAUGUAAUGCUGGCUCUCCGUGAACUGGAGCAGAACGUGGAAAGGUAUACUUUUGUCUUAAGUCGUUGUAUCAUUGACUGAACUGUGUUGCUUAGAGUCACAACGGUUGAUUCAACCGACUUUUAACUUUGGCUAAGCAAUUAUAACCUCAGAAUCAGAAAUUACUCAUAUCGGCAUCUAAAAUUUCUACGACCAACAGUACGUUGUGCAAUAAGAUGUAUAUCACCGCUGAAUUGAAAUGUGUGAAAUAUUUUGAUUACAAGUAUCGAUGUACAGUGACCUAAUUCUUGUAUGACUAGUAGAGGGUAGAGAUUUUCUGUUUAGGUCACAUUCGUGUUCCGAAGGUAAAUUUAGCUUCAAACCUAUUAGGAGUAUCCGUACAUAUUAACAGUAAACGGUUUGUGGAAAAGGAUGCUGUUUGCUGUUCUAAUACACCUUUAAAAUCAACUGAAGCUCAGAAUAGUCUCCAUCUUGAGCAAACAGAGCAAUUUUCACACACAACAAACAGACCUCAAUAACAUAGUGCUAUCAGUGCAAGAGUCGUGCUUUAGAUAGACCCUGCUUGUAUCACUAUCAUUGUUUCUAUUGUGAGCUCAGAAAUGCAGAUGAGGAGAUAUCAGUGACCCCAAAUAGAGACGUUGCUCGUUAUAAUCCUUCCGGUUUGUGGAGUCCUCAGUUUAGUGCCACAGUUGCAUGAUUUUGCACAUGCUUGGAAAUUUGAGGCUUCGCUUGGGUACUUGAGAAAGCAGAGUGUGUGGGAGCUUUGAAAACUAGCAAAGUAUGUACUUGGAUCAUUCAGAAAGAUAUUUUAAAAACACAGUAAAGUUGCAGUCACAUCUGGGCAAUUUCUUACAAGCAAAAUCCAGUCACCCCAAUAAGAAUCUAAAAAAACUCAGUUUCAUGUAAGCGUUCAAGUUUUCAAAUUCUUCUUGUAGAUUAAUUGGAUUUAUUUGUAGAAAGCUGCUUGGUUUGAGAAUGACUUUUGUGUCAUCUUUAUGAGCCUGAUCUUAUGAAAAUGUGUGUAAAUAGUACGCCAAAUAAAAACAAAAACUCGUGGUACUAAUAUGUAAAAAUGAACUGUGGCGUAUAUGACACGCAUGUGUUUGGCAUGCAUCUAAUAAUCAAUUUUUAUCAUACGCAUCUACCCCAACACCAGCUUAUAUACGCAAAGUCAAAUUUUGCUUAUCAAUACCACUGGUUUUCUUUUUAAUUUGCCGUUCUAUUGCGAGAUGGGGUAGGCUUUAUUUAUUGCUACACUUUUGAAAAUAUACUUUUUGCCUGCGAAAUUUUACUUACGUGACUACACCUUAAAACUUACAAAACGUGUGAUUUACUCCCAAAGGCAGCCAGUGCAGAUCUUGAUGACGAAGCACCCGCAGCAAAAAUUCUCAUUCAUUUGAAUGUAAUAAGCUCUUUCAAAGCACUCAACUUCGGUGCAUGUUGAUCUGAGAUGCCCACAGGCACUUAAGCACCCACACGAAUGCCACUGAAGGACGUUAUGUGAUGCUAUAUCUAAUAUAUGCAACUGCUCCUUCCCUUCCCUUACUUACUUACAAAAAAAAAAAACAUUUAUUGUAUCACAAAUAAACUCAGGUCUCCUUGAUGCUAGAACAAAGGGGGAAGUAUAGAAGCGGACGACUCUUCAGCAUGUAAGAUCAUUGACAAGAAGCCUUUAGAAGAAAGUUUGACUGAUAGUCUUAGUUAAUGGUCAUGUAGCACCUUGUGUUUCUUAAUUUUCUCCUAUUUAUACUCUCUGUAAAGAAAUCUUUCUCUAUAUAUUUGCAGUAUUUCAGCACAAACUAGGAUGUCAUGUAAAUGGUUUUGUAUUAUUCUUUGUGUUUGUUAUUAUUGUUGGUAUUAAUCCGAAUGACAUGCCGACCCCGAAUCCACCAUUUGGUGGAGUGUGUUGGGACAUUAAACUGCUUGAAUCUCA